AUGUACUCUGCAUAUGAGUUAAAUAAGCAGGGUGACAGUAUACAACCAUGUACAUACUCCUUUCCCAAUUUUGAACCAGUCAGGAGACAGGUAAGAUGGUCUGGUAUUCCUGUCUCUUUAAGAAGUUUCCAGUUUGUUGUGAUCCACACAGUAAAAGGCUUUAGUGGAGCCAACGAAGCAGAAGUAGAUGUUUUUCUGGAACUCCAUUGCUUUCUCCAUGAUCCAACAAAUGUUGGCAAUUUGAUCUCUGGUUCCUCUGCCAGCUUAUACAUCUGGAAGUUCUCAGUUCACGUACUAUUGAAUCGCAGCUUGGAGGAUUUUGAGCAUAACCUUAGUAGCAUGUGA